AUGAAGCUCUCCACUAUCCUGUCAGCCCUCGCCAGUCUGACCGCAGUGACUGCUAUCCCCCUCUCAUCACUCACCAAACCCAUCAAACGUGACCCGAGCGACACAUCUGGCAACUCCCAGUUCGUGCUGCAAUGCGAAGGAGACACAAUCCCCAACCCUGGCGGAGAAGGUGGAGCCGGUGAAGGCGGCUCCAGCUAUUUCUAUAGCAAUCUGCUCUUCAACGCCCAGGGCACUCAGAUCAGCCCUGACGCCUGCACGUCGGAGUCAGCUGGCAUUUGUUCUAACUGUAUCUUCUCCGGCGGAGGUCUCAGCUCCGCAACCAAUGUCACCGGAUGUUGGAACCCUCCUGGCGGCCAAGCAGGCUGCAGCAUCCAGUUUAUGUACAAUGGCUAUGACUACAACAGCCAGAAUAGCGAGCCUUACUGCGGCCAUGUCUCGGGCUUUGAGCCUUUCCAGUUUGACUUGAGUGCUAUCUGUUACUUUGAUGUUGGCACGUCCACCAACAUGACGAGACGUGAGGCUCUAGGACUCGAGUAG